CAAUUAACAAAGUAGCGGAUUUCAUAAGAAUUUCAAAUAUUUGCAUUUCCCGGCAAACCUCCCUGCAAAUCUGCCAUUGAAGAAAAAGAUUCCUUUCACAGCGUCUCCAAUCUCGCACCAUCCAAUCUCACGGUGUAAUUCUCUCUACAGAAACUGUCGACAUAGAAGAAUUCGGUGCUGUGGAUUACCAGUUAACGAAGAUUCAGUGGAUUAGAAAAUCAUAAUUCGAAUUGAAGUACUGAUUAAAGCGCGUGCAGAAAUUGAGAUUCAGUCUCCUGAGUCUAUGGAUUACCCAAUUCGAGGAAUGGAGACUGUGGUGGCAACUGUUAGUGGCUACCAUGGCUCCGAGCGGUUCAACCUCAUCAAGCUGAUAUCUCAGGCCGGUGCCAAUUAUGUAGGUGCAAUGUCAAGAUCGACUACACACUUGAUUUGUUGGAAAUUUGAAGGGAGGAAAUAUGAUCUUGCCAAGAAGUUAAAAAUAGUCAUAGUUAAUCAUCGGUGGGUGGAAGAUUGCAUAAAGGAAGGGAAACGUGUUCCGGAGCAUCCAUACAUGCUGCAAAGUGGAAAAGAAGUUGGGCCUUUAUUGCUGGAGGUCCCAUUUAUUGAUAAGGCUGGAUUCUCGCAUCAAAACCGUGAAGCAUUGUCUGAUAAAUCCAACACUUUUGAAGACUCUGAACGACUACUAAAUGGUUUGGGCUGUGGGGAUUCUAGCCUUGCUGGUUGGACUGAUUCUUUUUUGUUGAAUGAGAAUUUGUUUCCUGAGCUGAACAAAAACAACAUUAACUUAUCUAAAUCAAUGCCUAAACGGACGAAAAAGCCUACAAGACAGAAAGACAGGUCAUAUGGCAGAUACUGUUUUCAGGACCCUCCUUUAUCUGGACUAGUUGAAUUAGAGCAUGAAAAUUCAAGUUCAAAAUCAUCCAUGCACUCUGUGAGAGAAAAAGGGAAGAUUUCAGGCCAUGAAGAGUCAAUAUUUGAUGUCAUGGACAGUCAACUAGCGAGGGGGAAAAGGAAGAUUUCUGAUGAUAUUGGAAGUACAUUUUUAGCUGAACCUCCUCCUAACGGGCGGAGGCUUGUAAAGAAAAAUGUUCGCAAAAACAAUUUGCAGAUAGAGCUUUCAGAUUCUGACCAAGAGAGCAACCCGAUUAGACUUCAUAACAAGAACAGUGAAGCUGCAGCUUCCUCUAAAUAUGAAGGUUAUGACAAGAAUGUUAAUAUAUUCGAAACUGGAAGAGCAUCUGAUGCUCCGUUGACUGGCGUUGGGGCUUCUUCAAAUGAAGCUUUUGAUGAUAUUGAAGAUAUAAAAGAUUCAAAUCAAUCAACUACAGCAAAGGAUUCAAACCCAUAUCUUGAGGAGGCACUGAUUGGAAUGGAUGGAUCAGAAAGUCGUCCUGCUAUUGAGAACUUUGCUGGCAAGAAUAAGGAAGCAAGUGUUGAACCCAAUAGCAAAUCAGAGGACUUAUCGUGUAUAAUAUGUUGGACAGAGUUUUGUUCAACCAGAGGUGUUUUGCCAUGCAAACAUCGAUUUUGCUAUUCAUGCAUCCAAAACUGGGCUGAUCAAUUGAUUUCGAGCAGAAAGAAUCCAACAUGUCCUUUGUGCAAGGCUAGAUUUGUAAGCAUUACUAAAGUGGAGCACGCAACCACUUCUGAUCAGAAAAUGUACUCUCAAACUAUUCCGUGUGCCUCAACAACAGAUAUUUUUUUAUUAAAUGAUCAAGAAAGAUGCAGAUUUGGUGGUGAGUCCUCAUUACCCACAGUUUGUGCUGAAUGCUUUUGCCGGGAACCUGAGGAUCUUCUCAUUAGCUGUCAUUACUGCCAAAUUCAAUGUAUUCAUAUGUACUGCCUGGACCCUCCUUUGUUACCAUGGACAUGCAUGCACUGUAAGGAUCUCCAAAGACUUUAUCAUCAUGCCAGAUAAUAUGUUUCACAGGAAUACUUUCUUACACUACAAGAAUCUACAUUUCUUAUACGCCUAUGAUGCAUUUUACUUGAGCGCUGCUGUAGCAGUUUCAGUCUGUGUACUAUCUGUCACUCAAAACAAAUUGAUGCACGUUUCUUUAUUUAAUUAGUCUUAACAAGAGCUAGUUAUUGAAUUUCUUAUACUUAUUAAGCAACAUUUGAGACAUCUGUUCCUAGAGCCCAACUCUCUACACUUCUAAAGAAGCAUUUUGGCCCAACAA